GAGCUUGUGAAGAAGCAAGUCAAAUUAAAGACGUGUGCUUGAGGUUUUUGGAAAAAGGAGCUAAUCCAGAUGCAUUGAAUUCGUCUACAGGUCGAACUGCAUUAAUGGAAGCUGCAAGAGAAGGAGUGGUAGAAGUGGUUCGAGGUAUACUUGAAAGAGGAGGAGAUGUUAAUGCUUAUGACAAUGAGAGGCAACAUGCUUCACAUUUUGCUGCCAAAGGAGGCUUUUUUGAUAUACUGACGCUUAUAUCUGCUUAUAAUGGAGAUGUGGGAAUUAUUGCAAUGAAUGGAAAUACACCACUCCAUUAUGCUGCCAUGGGGGGCUAUGCAGACUGCUGUAAGUUUAUAGCGCAACGAGGAUGUGAUCUAAAAUGGAAGAACUUAGAGCACAAGACACCAAGAAAUGUUGCUAAAGACGCUGGCUUCAAGGCAGCAUCCAAAGAAAUACGCAAAGCUGAGCGGAUUGACAAAAAACUAUCCAGGCCUGGAAUCAAAAAUCCAAAUCCACGCUAUGCUGUUAGAUUACAUGACUGGAGUAAUGAACAUGAAAAAGAAGUGCGUGAGGCACUUGGUUCAGUGGAUCGUGGUGAUGGAACUGUAACUAAAGAAGACUUUGUGUCGACUCUUGCGGAAAUGCAGACAUUAGCAGACAGUGAGGAAUUGCUUAUUAUUGCUCAGCAACAUGAAAAAUUACGAGGGGCAGGUGUUAAUAUUAACGAUUUCAUUAAGGGGACCAAAUAUUUGCAAAAGACUUUUGUGUUGUCAUCCUAUGGACCCAAGAAAAAGAAGAAGGGAAGGGGUAAGAAAGCCAAGAAAGGCAAGUUUGUCCUUCCUCUUCCAGUAUGCUAUAUUCCUGACAAUGCAUUUCAACGUCGAAAGGAAGGUGGGCCACCUUAUUAUAUGAUUGAAACUUAUCACAAUCUUGCAGACUUAACUAGGUUUAAUAGAGAUGCUCCACCCAAACAUCCCAUUCAGGAUGAUUCUUUCUGGUAUAUUGAUGACCCUGGAAAAACAUACUGCAAUAUUAAUUACAUCACUAGAGCUGGAGAUCUGGCAUCCCUGAAAAAGGCCUUUGAAUCAGGAAUACCAGUGGAUAUGAAGGACAACUUUUAUAAAACUCCACUAAUGACAGCCUGUGAAUGUGGCAACUUGGACGCUGUGAAAUUUCUUCUUGAAAGGGGGGCUGAUGUUAAUGAAACAGAUAAUUUCUUGUGGACUCCACUCCAUCAUGCAUGCCAUGCAGGUCAACAAGAUAUUGUUGAACUUCUUAUUGAACAUGGAGCCAUAAUAGAUGCACCUUCAAUCAAUAACUCCACACCUUUAAUGAGAGCCAUUGAAAGCUGUAGACUGGAUACUGUACGAUAUUUAAUUGAAUUAGGUGCUAAAUUUCAGGCUACAAACAGAAAAGGACAAAAUGCAUUGGAUAUUGCCAAAGCCUAUGCGGACUACAGAAUAAUUGAGUAUAUACAAGACAAGAUGGAUCGUUUGCCAAAAACAGUAGAACCAAAAGGAAAGGGUAAACAGAAACCAUCUCCCAAGCCCAUGACUCCAGCUGGUGGUGAAGGUAAAGAAGAGGAGGUACUCCCACCAGUUUACAAUAUUCCACCCAUAAAGGAAGUAAAAACAGCCGCUAGGGAUAAUGUUGUUCAUCUCAAUUCCUUGAUUACCAGUGGAUUUACAAAGAAAGUUAACAUCACAUUCGUACCACAGAGAGUCUGGAGCCCUGAAGCUACAACUUCAGAAUUAAUCAAGAAAAGAGAAAUGCGGCGUGAGCGUUUCACUUAUGAGGUGGACUUUGAAGACUUCAUGAUGCCUUUUCAAAAGAACUACACCCAAAAAGCUCAAGCUCUUGAAGACAUUCUCUAG